AUGGCCCUCACAGUGGAAAUACAAGUGCUCCUUGCCUUGCGUUUUUUUGCUUCGGGGGCAUUUUUGGAGGCAAUAGGAGACACCCUUGGUGUAGACAAGGGAUCAGUAUCAAGAGCUGUGCGUGAUGUAAGUGCUGCGUUACGACGCCGGAGGGAUGAAUUUAUAAAAUGGCCAAUCCAAGUCGAAGAGCGGCGGAAAGUACAGAUGGGUUUCUACAACAUCUCGGGCUACCCAAGAGUACUCGGCUGCAUAGACGGCACCCAUGUGAGGAUUAUAUGCCCAAAUGCGCCACUCUUGCCAGUAGAAGCACCACCACCUCCACCACCACCACCAGCAGAUGAUGAAGAGCAGCUACCACAGCAGGCACAGCCAAUGCCAAAUGCAGCACGGCCAGAGGAAGAUCCACAUGAUGAUGAUCCACACCAGCCUCAGCAGCAGGGAAGGGUCCCAAACUAUGAAGCGUCAUUCGUUAAUCGCAAGGGCUACCACAGCCUAAACAUCCAGGCAGUCUGUGACCACACUGGAAAGUUCACAAACAUAGUGGCAAAGUGGCCUGGAGCAACCCAUGACAGCUACAUUUUCCAUAACUCAGCCCUCUCCGUCCACAUGGAAGCGAAUAACCCAAGAGGAGACGACGGGAUGAUGUUAGGAGAUAGUGGCUAUCCUUGCAGGCCAUUCCUCAUCACCCCCUACCCCAACCCUACAACACCUCGUGAGCAGCACUUUAACAAGUCCCUCUGUGGCACAAGUGUUCGCAUUGAACAUGCCUUUGGUGUCCUCAAACGGCGAUUCCAUGUGUUGCAUGGCGAAGUUCGCAUGCAACCUGAACGUGUGGUAAAGAUUGUGUCGGCGUGCACAGUGUUGCACAAUAUUGCAGUCAUGAGGGGAGAACGGGAGCCCCCAGAGGACGAGAGUGACAACAGUGAUCUUGAGAAUAACGACAUUGAUAGCGACAGUGAUAGUGAUGGUGGAGACGAUUAUGAUGGGCCAGAAAAUGGACGACUUUACAGGGAUUACCUGGCAACCAAAUACUUCUAA